AUGAAUACACUUCAGAUUUACUCCACCGCUCGCCAAAUGGCGCAUCGCCGCUUCCAGGAUGAAGCUAUUAUUACCCUUCGACAGCCCCUACCACCUUCGGGCUUUAUUGGCUUCACCAGCUUUAAUCCCUCUUACUUGGCAUACCGCCGCUCGUUGGAAGAACGAGAGAUCAAUCGACGUCGCCUGCAAGAAGAGAAAGAUAUCAAUGUUAAACAUCCCCUUCCCCAAGUCAUUAUGGAUGAAAUUCCGCUUAACGAAAUGUAUGACAAUCUCCAAAAGGAGCACGCUCGUCAACAGUCACAACCCGAAAGCGUCAUAAAGAUCAACGCUACCGCUGCCCAAAUAGCGCACCGCCGCCUCCAAGAAGCCAUCCAUACUCAACAGCCGAAACCUCGGCACCACCACACCAACUGGGCACGCCGCCUCGAAAAGAUUGAAAACCAAGCUCGCGACGCUGAGCUUAAACAGGAACAACAGAACCAGACAGCAUACCGCGACUUGCACGGGUUGUACCGAGAAGAAGCCGUGGGACAGCUGGAAGUUCGAGCGGCCUGCUUCGAAGGAGCGAGGCGCGGCCGUACUCGUUACAUCGAGUGGCUUCUUCAACAAUUUACUGGUCAACAAGAUCAGCUCAACGAAAUAGGUUACGAGAACGAGAGACUCCAACAAUUAGUUUCUACUCAAGAAAAUGGACUUAACGAACAAGAUUACGAGAUCGAGGGACUUCAGCAAAUGGUUGCUACACAACAGAAUGAACUCAACGGGAAAGCUCGUGAGAACGAGAGACUGCAACGAGACAAUGAGAGCCUCCAACGACAACUUUCCGAGCAGACUCAGCUCAACAACACCGUCAACGAGGACCAAAAAUCUACCAAUCAAGGCCCGAAAGUGGGCAAAGAUCGCCGCCUCUCACCCGCUGAGGAGUACCUGAAACUCAGGGACGAAUGGGUCCUGGAUGGUGAAGCUGGAUAUGGUAUUUAUAUGAGGCAGAAAACCCUUCACAUGCAGACCGUCACCGUCGGAAACCUCCAAGAGAAGAUCAAAGAGCUGAAGAGCGCUCGUCGAAAGGAGAAGAAGAUUGAAGAGCAGAAGGAGGUGGAGGAAUCAAGCUCUCGGCAAUGGGAACAGCUUCGUGAAGCAGACUUGGCUUAUGAUGGGGACUCCGAGCCAAGUAACUCCGUCUCGAGCAAAUCUGACUCAAACAACUCCGGCGCUGCUGUCUCCACGGCGGCGAACCUCAACGACAGCCUCACCACCAGUAUCACAGUCCCCGAAAUCAAAGACACUAAAGCUGAGCUCUCCGACAAUGAAGCCAAGAUCCCAAUGAGGUAUAAAUCCAAACGGCCAGCAGGAGAAGACCGUAAACCUCAGCAAACAGGAUAUGUUUCUCGACUGACAAUGAAGUUGUCGGACAUUGUGUCAUACCCAGUUGGAACGUGACGGGAGUGUUGGUGUGCGAUAUUUUUUGAGGAUGUCAAAACUUCAUGUGAUCGGUCUACUCGGCAUAGCCCUGCUCCAACUGGCUUAUUUGUAUGACUCAAGUGGAUGUUAGCAGGCUUUUCGUCAAUUUGGGUUCUAUCAACUGUGGGAUUGCGUGUCGGAAGAGAACCCUUGAUAUUUCCUGCUCCAUGGAUCGAUAUGUAGCUAGCUGCUUGGAGCUUCACGUUCGGGAUUGGCG